GAGAAGAUCACCCAGGGCGUCGCCCUCACGCAAGAAAAGGUCUCUAAGAUCGCCCUCGUCCUCACAGACCUUCUCCGGUUCUUCGAGGCGCUGAAAAUGCAGUACGCCCUCGUCUGGAACAGCGUUCCUCUUGCGCCACAGCUCUACCGCAGAACGCUUUUCAAAGGCGAGGCUGGACUGCUUACCAAGCUGGAAGGCUUCUUGCUUGCAGUAUGCUUGUUAUUCUUGGGUAUUCUUGAAUGUAAUGUUGUUGUUUUUUUGUGCUUCUUAGAAUGGAUGAUGACCCGCGACUAUGAGAAGACCUCGACCUCGCCCUCGCCCUCGCCCUCGUCCUCGUCCGCCAUGGGCUACGAGUUCGCCACCCUCCUCGGCCAGCUUGAGAAGGCGAAAACAGCAUUCUUCGAGGCGGCAGAACGCAAGGCUGCAGAGGAGACAGAGCGCCGCAAUGAGGAGGCCCGCAAGCUGAAGGAGGAGCAUGCGAGGCAGGAGGCGGCGAUGCAGAAGGAGGAGGAGGACCGCCGUUUGGCAGAGCAUGCAGCCCAAGAAAAGGUGGACAAAUCCACAAGCGACCUCGCCCUCACGUGCAAAGCCACUGCGGAGGAAGACACAUCGACCUCGCCAAAGCCACCGGCCUCGCCCGAAGAGGAGUUCACAGCAAAGGCGCACGUGAUCUUCGAUUCAGCCAUCCUGCCGUGUGCCUAUGACAAGGCCCUGCCUGCAGAGAUGUCCUCGUCCGCGUCCUCGGCCUCGUGGCGGCUGUGGGUGGUGCCAUCGGUGGGCCAGCGGCGCGGGCCGCACAAGUUCAGCAAAGGUAUGCCCGCCCUCAGCUUCGGUGGUCGGUUCUUUUGGGCCGCUGACUUCACCGGCCGCGACCUCGUCCUCGUCCUCCUGGGGCACGACCCUUCGGUGGAGCAGGAUGUCAAGCAGAAGCUCAAGGACCUGCUUGGACAGGAGCUCGCCUUCCUGGCACCCCUUCGCCCUCUGGUGCAGAAAGCACCGCGAGAAGAGGUGUACGUCGAGUACGCCCUCAUCGCCCACGGCCUCGACUGCCCUCGCGAAGUUGUUCAGGUCAUCAACGACAACUUCAUGGUCGUGCAUGGAAUGGAGGCAUAUGUCGCCCUCGACCUCCGCAAACCGGUGUGCACAUGUGCCAACAAUGAUGAGAUCAAGGCCUGUCGCCAUGUGCAGUUUCUUGCACAGCGUGCCUCCAAGACCUCGACUGGGACCUCGUCCUCGUCCAUCGAUUACACAGAGGACAUGGAGGACAGCAGCACCGUCGAGAACAAGAAGAUCAACCCACAUGCCUUCGGGCAAAGCCAAGAGUACUUCCGUCAGGUCCUCGAGAAGAUCUCUCCGCCCUCGGUGGUUUUGCCCACGAUGGC